AAGAUAACAUACUGACUAAAUAUAAUUGACUGAUAAACCAAGCAGCGUGUAUCAGAGAAUUAAUAAUUUUUAACAGUCACGUGUUAAGAAAAAUUAGUGAUUCAUACUAAUUCAUUCACUGAAUAGUGUUAAGUGUUAGUGUUAAAAAAUGAAUUUAAAUUUAAAUUUAAUUGCAGCAACAUGUGAAGGAAUGGGUAUUGGUGUAAAAGGAACGUUACCAUGGAAACUUAAAAGUGAAUUGGCAUUUUUUACAUCUGUGACUACAAAUACGAAAAACGCAAACAAAAAAAAUGUUGUAUUGAUGGGACGUAGAACAUGGGAAUCUAUUCCAAAAGAAUAUAGGCCUUUGAAAAAUCGAAUAAACAUUGUUUUAACGUCACAAUCUUUGGAUUAUGGAAAUGAUGUGAUUGUAUGUAAAAGUAUUCCACAUGCUUUUGAAGUUAUUGAAAAAAUCAAAGAUCGAAUUGAAAAUAUAUGGGUAACGGGAGGAAGUUCCGUAUACAAGGCAGCAAUGGAAUCUCCAAAUUUUUAUCGAUUAUAUUUGACAAGAAUAAAAAAAUAUUUUGAGUGUGAUACAUUUUUCCCAACUAUCCCUAAUAAUUUUGUUUUAACAGAAGAUCCAAACAUACCACAAGGAAUUCAAGAAGAAAAUAAUAUACAAUUCGUAUAUGAAGUAUAUAAAAAAGAAUAGAUUUUUAAUUUGGUUUCAAAAUAAUAUUUUUCGAAUAUUAUAACAUUUUUAAUUUUAUAAUAAAACUAAUUAA